AGACUGAAAUUGUAAAGUACAAUGUCUCUGCUGUCAAUGAAGUCAAGAAUGAAGCCAAAGACAUGGAGAUAAUAUAUCCGCCCAUUGAAGAUUUAAGUAACUGGAAAAGUAAGUGGAAGAAGACCAGACAAGCUUGGCAUGACAAAAUCAAGAAUUUAGAAACUGUGGAGGAAAAGCUGUUCGAGAUCAACAUGCCACGUUACUAUGGUUGGAAGUCACUAAUCCUAAAUGAACAUGUUGUACCAUAUAAUUCUUUAUCACAUGUACAAUAUAUUACAAGAACACAUGUUGUUAAGGAAUCUGGUCUCCCAACAUACUACGACAAUAUAAUUUCUACCGAGCAAUUAGAUAAUCUAGUACAAGUAAUCAAAAGUGACAUAGAAAAUGAUAUAAUUUUUGAAUAUUGCAUUAAAAGAAGAGAACUUGAGAUUCCAGAAGAGAAUAGAUUUCCAUUAGAAGAGCAUAUUAAAGCUUCUGAAAGAAAAAUAAAGUUGGAAGAUGUUAUAUCUAAAGCGUUAAUUCAGAGAAUUAAUAAAACAAUGUUAGUAUAUCUUGCUUCUAGAAAGCCACAUUUAUUAUGUACUGAAGUUGAUUUUGAACCAAGAUUGGAAGCAUCUUGGUUUGCAGGCGGUAUAGAUCCCCCUUCAUUUAUAAGAAGAUUCAGACGGUCUGUUAAUUUUCUGAAAAAAUUUGUUAAUGAUCCAGUAGAUUUGCCUGUUCAGUAUUUUGGUCAGCCUGUUAUGCAUUUAAGAUAUAAGCAUCCUUUGAGAGAAAUUAUACCUUUAAGUGAUUGUGAAAAUGCAGCUUUGGAUGUACCUACAUUCAAAUUCAACCCCAGAGUAUUAGCUCAUAUCCUUGAGAAAAAACAUUUGACUAAUAUACCUGGAUUUUGGCCUGGCGAUGAAAAUGAAUUCGGAUUUUUAUCGUAUCACAACUGCACGUAUUUGCAAAAGAGACCAGAAAAAUUUAACAAUACAUCUGAAGCACUCACAGUACAGGCUGUAUUAGCAUCUUACAGUUGGUUAUUAUCACAAGCAUGUUAUCAAGAAAUAUACGAUUGGCAAAAAAUCUAUAUUAUUCAACAUAAAACUCGUCCAAUGGAUAAGAAACGAGAACCAUGGGAAUUCGGCAUUAAAAUGUACAAACGUAGAUUAGAUGAUCAUCAGCCAGCGUACAUACCAAGAUUUAUGCGAGAAAAUCCCAAAAAGAGAAAAGUAGGACGCUGGGCAAAGACGUAUUAUCCAUAA